GGUCAAACCGCAAUUAGGCUUACACACCCAUCCUUUUUUGUUUUAGCUACUGACCUCCGUUUACCUGACCUCUGCAAGACUGUCUGCAACGUUUUGAUCUCAAGAAGCUGCUUCUUUGAGAACACUUGAAUUCUGACAUAUUCUUGAGUGGACAAUUUUCCAGAUAUCUGCAAAACACCACUGAGUUGUAAAUGGCUACUACUACCACAACUCAAAUCACCCAAUGGCCUGGCAUGACCCAGUUCUACAGUGAGAAGGCUGUGUUUAUCACUGGAGCCACAGGGUUCAUGGGAAAGUGUCUACUGGAGAAGAUACUGCGAAGUCUCCCUGAUGUAACCAAGGUGAUGAUCCUGGUCCGUCCCAAGAGAGGCAAGUCAAUGGAGGAGAGAAUGGACUCUCUGCUCAAAUCCAAGCUCUUCGACAAGAUUCGCAGUGAGAAUCCUGACGUGUUGAACAAAGUGGUGCCCAUGCAGGGAGACAUCACUGAGAAAGGUCUUGGUUUGGGUGAGGAAGACAUGAAGACUCUGACAGACACUUGCUCCGUGGUGUUCCAUCUGGCGGCCACCAUCAGAUUUGAUUCCCCCCUCAGGGAGUCACUGACAAUGAAUGUGGUGGCUGUCCAAGAACUUGUCAAGAUAUGCAAAAACAUGAAAAACCUAGCUUCCCUUGUCCAUAUCUCAACUGCCUACUGCCAUUGUAACCGCAAAAGCAGGAUCGAUGAGAUUCUCUACCCUCCCAAAAUCCAUCCAGACAAACUGUUGGGCCUUUUAGACUGGAUGACUGAUGAGCAGCUGGACGCCAUUACUCCCUCCCUCCUGGACGGACGACCCAACACCUACACAUUCACUAAGUCCGUAGCCGAGUAUGUAAUUGCAAACGAGGCCAAGGGCUUACCACUGGCCAUAUUCAGACCUGCCAUUGUGGCCGGCUCCUAUCGAGAACCAUAUCCAGGCUGGGUGGAUUGCAUCCAUGGACCUACAGGAAUAUUUGUGGCUGUUGGCAAGGGUCUAGUACGCGUGCUGCGGUGUGAUGAGAACGGAAUAGCCGACCUAGUGCCUGUGGACCUGGUCAAUAACGCCAUCAUCUCCGUAGGUUGGGUCACUGGGGUCAACCCCACCCCUCAACCUAUCAUCUAUAACUACACCAGCGGAGAUCUCAACCCUAUUAGAUGGAUAGAGCUCUAUCCCCUGGUCAUCAACAGCUACAUGAGGUCACCGUUUGACGAGGUGUUUAGACUGCCCGGAUUGUACAGGUGUCGUCCGGCCGCCCUGUGGAGGGCGUGGCACUUCAUUUUCCAUUUGAUACCCGGAUUCUUUGCAGACUGUCUCUUACGAUUGCGGGGCAAGAAGCCAAUGAUGUUGAACAUUUAUCACAAGCUGGACAAGGCCUUGAUUCAGCUGGACUUUUUCAUUGUGAACUCAUGGCAGUUCUCCAACACGAAUGUUGAGAAGCUCUACUCUCUGAUGAGCCCUGAAGACCAGCAGACUUUUGAUUUUGAUAUCAAGAAGAUGGAUUGGAAGGAGUUCACUCGCGCCUUCUGCAUGGGCACCAAACAGUACCUGUUCAACGAAGACCCUGCCAACAUCCCAGUCGCUAGGAAACAGCUUGACAGAAUCCGUAAAAUACACUACACCUUCAAUGUGAUCAUGUUUCUGGCGGCAAGUCGGUUGGUCUACCUUCGCUCUCAACUUGCCCGUGAGCUCUGGAAUAGCAUGCUGGGAUUCUGUAUUCGAAUGAUGAGCAAGCUCGGGGUUCUUCCCUGGUUGGCAUAACAACAACUCUAGCUGUCUCACUAGGUGUUCCCCUCAUGUGUAUUGUUAUCGACUUAUACUGUAUAAUUAUAUAGUAGCACGGCAAUUGGUUUUUAAGACAAUUUAUAAGUAUAUAUAAUUAUGUAUGUAGCACUUUAAAUUUUUUAAUUGUUGAUUAAUUGGCAAUGAGAAUUAUACGGAGAA